AUGCAGACAAUAAAAUGCGUUGUGGUGGGAGAUGGUGCCGUUGGUAAAACAUGUUUAUUGAUCUCGUACACCACAUCCAAGUUCCCAGCCGAUUAUGUCCCCACCGUGUUCGACAACUAUGCCGUGACGGUGAUGAUUGGAGACGAGCCCUUCACGUUGGGCUUGUUCGAUACCGCGGGCCAAGAGGAUUACGAUAGGUUGAGACCCUUGUCCUACCCCAGCACCGACGUGUUUUUGGUUUGCUUCUCCGUUAUAUCGCCCGCCUCGUUUGAAAACGUCAAGGAGAAAUGGUUCCCCGAGGUCCACCACCACUGUCCCGGGGUACCUUGCUUGAUCGUUGGUACCCAGACCGAUUUGAGAAACGACGAUGUCAUAUUACAGAGAUUACAAAGACAAAAGUUGCUGCCAAUCACUCCUGAACAAGGUGAAAAGUUGGCGAAGGAGUUGAGAGCCGUGAAAUAUGUCGAGUGUUCUGCGUUGACCCAACGUGGAUUAAAGACUGUUUUCGACGAGGCUAUCGUUGCUGCUUUGGAACCUCCUGUUAUUAAAAAGAGCAAGAAGUGUACGAUUCUAUAG